AUGGACGUCGAUCUGGAAAGUGUGGAGAUCGUGUUCGCGCAAAAAUUGGCGUGCGGAGAACCACCGGUGAGAGCUCGUGCGUUGAAAGCCCUACAGGAAUGGAUAAAACAACAAUCCGCACGAAAUGCAUUCUCCGAAAAAGAUUUCAUGCGGCUUUGCAAAGGAUUGCACUAUGUGAUGUGGAUGCAAGACAAGAUGAUUAUGCAAGAAGAACUUGCUGACAAAAUAGCGAGUUUGAUCGAGAAUUUCAACACGGAAUCGGAAAGGGUUCUCUAUUUUGAGUGCCUUCUCAAGAGUUUAGCUAAGGAAUGGAAAGCUAUUGAUCGUUGGAGAAUGGACAAAUUCUUGAUGUUGAUUCGUCGCUGUGUUCGAGCCGUGUUUCAUUAUUUGAAAGGAGUUGGAUGGAAAAGAAAAAUCACAAAGAUGUAUAUUGAAGCUUUGCAACGAACGGUCAUAUCUCUAGACCAGUCGAUUCCCGAAGGCUUCAAGUUUCACGUGGCUUCUUUGCUUCUUGACGAGUUAGAUCUUGCUGGAAAAAUCGACAAAGAUGGGAUCUACGAUUUCCUUCAACCUUUUAUAACUCUUUUGGGCAAUCCAUCGACAUCGCGAUAUCUCUUUGAAUCGAUUUUGAAAGAAAUCUUUUCGACAAUCCUUUUACAUUAUGCGAAAGAAAUGGAGAAAGAAAAUACUGCAGAAAAGGACAGCGCAGGUGCUCAAAUGGAUGCGAAUCUGAAAGAACGCGAGAGUAUUCAAUUUGAUUAUGAGCGCAUUGGAAAAGCUCUUUUUGAAGUGGGCAAAAGCGAGAAAUGCUCGUCGGAGCGUCGGAAACAACUUUACAAUCUGGCCAAAAAAUUUGAGUUGGCCGCAAAUCGCAAAGACCCAUACUAUGAGAAAGAAGAGCCGCCUGAAAUUGUACUCACUGAAGAAAUGAUUCAAGAAGCGACCCAAAAAUUGCACAAUGUGGAAAAGAACGCGAAGGACGAGCGAAGAAAGUUUGCGAAAGCCAGAAAGAAUCGUCCCGAGAAACAUGCCUUUGCAGUUCUUCCAGAGAUUAUUCGCGAUGAAACCAAUGAGAAAGCUCGCAAACAAAUGAAAAGAGAGCAAAAAAUCAAAAAGAAAGAACAACCACCGAAUUUGACUAGUGGUCGACAGCCAGCAAAGAGAAAGUUGAAUGCGGAGAAAUCAGGCAAAGGAAAGAUUCCAUCAAAGAAGUCGAGUAAAAAGAAGGCAAAUAAAGCA